AUGGUGAGACCAAGAAGGCAAGCUAAUGUGCCCGAAGAUGAGCUAUCCAGGGGUGAAAGAGACGAUGCCAUUGCAAGGGCGUUGAAUAGGAUGUCAGACUUGUACGAGCAGAAUUUCCGACCGCCGCAAGGAGAUCUAAAUAGAGCGGUCCAAGUGGGGUGCACCUAUGAGCGCUUCCUGGCGCAUAGGACUCCUGCCUUUACUGGGGAGGAGGAUCCAAUGCGAGCUAGGAGGUGGAUUCUAGAUUUGGAAAGGACCUUUGAAGUCUGUGGGUGUACUGAGGUCCAGAUGGUUUUGUAUGCAAGUUAUAUGCUACAAGGUGAAGCAGCAUACUGGUGGGAGACCAAGCGGUCACUCCUAGAAAUGGAGUUCGGAUCCUUGGCUGCUGUGUCCUGGCAGCGGUUUAAAAAGGAAUUUGAUGAUCGAUACUUUCCUGUUUCAGUGAGAAGGCAGAAGGCUCGGGAGUUUAAUAAUUUGGUUCAAGGAGGUAUGACGGUCGAGCAAUAUGCAACGAAAUUUAUGGAGCUUGGACGGUUCGCUCCUCACCUCAUUGCCACCGAAGAGCUGCAGGUGGAGCGUUUUAUGGAGGGUCUGCGCCCUGAAGUACGCAGACAAGUGGCUUGUCUCCAGAUUGUGGAAUUUCAGAAGUUGGUAGACUUGGCCAGUAUCGCAGAGCGCGAGAGUAGCUUUGUAGUGGGCUCCCCUCCAGGUCAGAAAAGACGGAGUUAUCUUGGUGAAGGAAGCAGUUCUGGAUCGCCACAGAAAUUUGUUCAGAGGACCGGGACCCGUCCACAGACAACCUCCGGUGUUCGUGCAGGAGGCCGGACUCCAGUAUGCCCGAGAUGUAGUAGAGCCCAUGAGGGCGAUUGUGGUCAAAGGGGCAUUCAGUGUUUUAGAUGUGGCCAGCCGGGUCACUUUGCUCGGGAGUGUCCCAGUCUAGUUCAAGGAGGUCAAGGAGGACGAGGAGGUCGUCGAGGUGGAAGGGGCAACCAGAGACAGUUGGUACAAGCCCGAGUUUAUGCAGUGACUCCUGGCGACGUGGAUUAUGAGGCUCCAGAGACCCAUGAUGCUGGAGUGAUUACUGGAAGAGUUCGUCUAUAUGAUUUUUAUGCUUGUACUUUGUUUGAUUCUGGGGCGUCCCAAUCUUUUGUGUCUGCCACGUUUGCACGGAUGUGCAAUUUGGUUACAGAACCUCUACCACAAUCCUUAGUUGUGGCUCUUCCCAAUGGCGAGAUCGUGUGUUGCUCCAAGGUUGCUUUGGGUUGUCCUUUGGAUCUUGGUGGAAGGACACUGGAUGCAAAUUUGAUUGUAUUCAAGUUGCUUGGUUUUGAUAUAAUUUUGGGUAUGGAUUGGCUGUAUCGUUAUUCUGCGAAUAUUGAUUGUAGAAGACGAGUAAUUGGUUUUCAACUCUCGGAUGAGGAUUAUUUAGAAUUCGUGGGAAGUAAGUUAAAGGCAAGACCAUUAGUUAUAUCAGCAGUUCAAGCUAAGAGAGAUAUAGCUUGUGGGGCAGAUGCUUUUUUGGUCCAAGUCGUAUCUACACCAUCUGAGAAGAAAUCUUUAGCGGAUAUUCCAGUGGUGGAAGAAUUUCCCGAUGUGUUCGUGGAUGAGUUACCUGGAUUGCCUCCCGUUCGUGACAUGGAAUUUGUUAUUAAUCUGGAACCCGGGGCGGCUCCUGUGCAUAAGGCUCCUUGCCGCAUGGCACCGGCCGAGUUAAAAGAGUUGAAGACUCAAUUGCAAGAAUUGGUUGACAAAGGAUUUAUUCAGCCUAGUACUUCGCCCUGGGGAGCGCCUGUUUUGUUUGUCAAGAAGAAAGAUGGUACUCUCAGAAUGUGCAUAGACUAUCGGGAGCUUAACAAGGUGACUAUCAAGAACAAGUACCCUCUUCCAAGAAUUGAUGAUCUGUUUGAUCAGCUUCAGGGAGCAGCUGUCUUUUCAAAGAUUGACUUGAGAUCGGGGUACUAUCAGCUGAGGAUAAGGGAUAAGGACGUGCCCAAGACUGCUUUCAGGACGAGGUAUGGGCAUUAUGAAUUUAAAGUGAUGUCUUUUGGGUUAGCGAACGCUCCAGCCGCUUUUAUGGAUUUAAUGAAUCGGGUGUUUCGACCCUUUUUGGACUCUUUUGUGGUGGUGUUUCUUGACGACAUUCUGAUUUAUUCCCGAGACUUGGAAGAGCAUGCUUGUCACCUUCGUCUGGCGCUUGGGAAAUUAAGAGAGCAUCAAUUGUACGCUAAGUUGAGCAAGUGUGAAUUCUGGUUAGAAGAAGUUAAGUUUCUUGGGCAUGUGAUUUCUCAAGAAGGGGUGGCUGUAGAUCCUAGUAAAGUAGAAGCUGUUUUGUCAUGGCCUCGCCCUUCAACAGUUCGUGAGAUACGAAGUUUCUUGGGACUUGCCGGUUACUAUCGAAGAUUUGUGGAAGGUUUUUCUCGACUAUCAGGACCUCUCACUGCUUUGACUAGGAAGAAUACGGAGUUUGUAUGGUCUGACAAAUGUGAGAGAAGUUUUCAAGAGUUGAAGAGAAGAUUGACAAUGGCACCUGUUUUGGCACUUCCAGAGCCACACAAGCCAUUUGUGAUUUUUAGUGAUGCAUCCAAAUUCGGGUUGGGAUGCGUUCUUAUGCAAGAGGGACGGGUUGUUGCUUACGCAUCUCGUCAGUUGAAAAUUCAUGAAAGGAAUUAUCCUACACAUGAUUUGGAGUUGGCGGCAAUAGUUUUUGCUCUUAAGAUUUGGCGGCAUUAUCUGUAUGGUGAAUCCUGUGAAGUUUUUACUGAUCACAAGAGUUUGAAGCAUUUGUUUACUCAGAAGAAUCUCAAUAUGAGGCAGAGACGGUGGUUAGAGUUGAUUAGCGACUACCAGUGUGAGAUCAAGUAUCAUCCAGGAAAGGCGAAUCUAGUCGCUGAUGCUUUGAGUAGAAUUGAGGAUGAGAAUCCCAGAAAAAACUCUCAUUCCAAUAAACAAAGAGCAUGUAAUAAUAAUGGGCUUACUGGCUAUUACAUGAAGUUUAUAAGGAAUUAUGGGGUCAUUGGUGCUCCAUUAAAUGACUUGCUGAGGAAAAAUUCAUUUAUUUGGACUGAAGUGGCAACUCAAGCUUUUAUGGCUUUGAAGAGAGCAAUCAUUGAACCUCUUGUAUUAAGGUUACCAUAUUUUCCAAAGGCAUUCACAAUUGAAUGUGAUGUUUUUGGUGUGGCCCUUGGAGCUGUUCUUAUGCAAGAGAGACAACCUAUUACUUAUUACAGUAAAGAUCUUAAAGGUAAAGCUUUGUUGUUGUCCACAUAUGAGAAAGAUUCUUGGCUUUGGUAUCAGCAGUGA